UAAUGGCCAAGGAGGUAACAACGACAAUUACGGAGGCAAUGGCGCCCCGUCAUCUUCCACGAAUGGCGCUCCGAUUUUGAUGACACCAAAUGCAACGGCUCCGAUUGCGGCGGCUCCGAACAACCAGAGCACUUACCAGCAGCCGCAGAGAAGACCGUGGCAAGGAAGUUAUCGAGAGCAAGGAGGCUAUCGUGAGCAAGGAAGUUACCGAGGGAGGGAUGAUCGUUUCGAGAAGAUGUGGGGCUUCGUGAACAAAGAGAUGGAGGAGAAGGAGCGUUUGGCAAAGGAGAGAGAUAGGAAGCAGAAGGAGGAGGAGGAGAGAAAGAGGCAACAGGAGCAAGAUGAGAAGAGGCAGAAGGAGCAACAGGAGAAGAUGAAGUUUCAAACAAAUUUGAGAAAAUUGAUUAAAGGAUCAAUGACUGAAGUUUGCGAAUCAAUCCUGGGCAAGAAGGUUGCACCUACGGAGAACGUCUGCGCCGAGAUGAAGAUUGCCAUGCGGAUCAGCUUGGUUGACAAGGAAAUCGAUUCGUUGAAACAAGAGAAUAUCGCGCUCUCAAAAGGGAUUAUUGAGCUAAGAGAGGAAGUCAACGCUCUGAGAAGAGGAGGGGAGAAGAGAAGUGUCGAAGUCGUUACGGAGAAGAGUCCGCCGGUGGAACCGGCGCGGGUCAAACUAAGGGUUGCAAAUCGUGAUCUUACUCCAGGAGACAUCGCCAAGAUGGCGGAUGCCUACAGUAAGUUACGUGAUGACAAGGAUUAUGCCGAGAGGGAAGUUGCGGCCUUGAAGGAACAGAUCAACAGGCUAAAGAUUCGGACGUCACCACUGGUUAUCAGGAGGAGAUUUGCACUAAGAAAUGUGCAACCUACUAAUCUCCGAAAGAAGAUGGCUCAGUCUGUCGACGAACCGGAAGGAGAAGAUGCAGAAGCGGAAAGCAGUCGGCCAACUGUACGAUUCGAAAAGCGUGCAGACAAGACCAGGCCGACGUUCACAAAGAGGUUUUUCCUUGAGCUAAGCAAGCUACGGAAAAAUGAGAUUGAUAAGUUGUGUCUUGAAGAGGGUAUUUCGUAUAACACUAUACGAGGAUCUGCGGCCGAUUUGGCGGAAAGAUAUGGUUCGGCGACUUUUCCGCGAUUGAGACGAAGAGUAGUCAUUGAAGAAGAGAAGGAGGAUGGUGAGGACGACAAUCAGUCCGUUGAUAUUGCGGAGGGGGAGCCUGGUGAUCGUGUCGAUGAAAUCUCCGAUUGCUAGGAACGCUCUCCGAGUGCUGGUAUUUUUCGUAACAAUCAGUAUUGUGGGGAAUUGGCUUUGACUU